AUGACGACUGAAAGAGAGACUUCCAUUGGAAGUGCAACGGAGGGGGGCCGGUGGACAAGUGAUGGGGAGGGGAGUGUGCCCAUUGAGAAGGACCUGGAGAGCAAUCAGAAGAGUUUGCAGGGGAACCGAUCGGUAAAGUUCAAGACGCCGUUCUUGCUCAGAUUCAAGGCCACAGUCUUUGGUAUCAAUUUGGGCAUCGGCAGCCAGGCGCUGUUGUGGCAGCAGAUCGGGGCCAGCCCCGCGAUGCGCUUCCUGCAAAUCCCCAGCGGAAUAUCGCUCGCCGUCUGGUGCGUGGGAGUGCUGCUCCUCUUCGUCAUACCAGUCACGUACCUGCUCAAGCUCCUCGUCUGGCCCAAGGCUGUGCGCCGGGAGUUCCAACACCCGAUCCGCACCAACUUCCUGAUCGCCCCUUGGUGGGCGGCUCUUCUGCUGUGCUUGGGGGCCCCGGGGGAGAUCACCGACCGCAUCUACGGGGAGGGGAAAUCGAUCCACUGGGGCGCCGCGCUCGCCUUCUCAAUACCCCUGCUCGCGUCGGAGAUGAUUAUGCGUUACAGCCAUUGGAUUUAUGGCUAUGAGGAUAGGCUGACCACAACCGCGAAUCCAGCUUGUCAGAUUGCGCUUAAAGGCAACUUCAUAUCCGCGAUCGCGUUUGCGCGCGCAGGUUGGCCAGAUCCAGCGCUCUUCAUGUUGUCAGUCGGGCUCAUCCAUUGGCUCGUCGUUUUCAACACCCUGUACAUGCGUCCCGGUAAAACCCAGGAACUCCCCCGGCCACUCACCCCGCUCUACUUCCUGCUAAUCGCCCCCCCGGCGGUAGUGGCAACCGCCUGGGCGGAGAUUCAGGGGCCCGGCGAGUUUGACCGCCUGUCGAAAGGGUUCACGUUCGCGUCGCUCGGUUUGUUUCUCGUUCUGGCUGCCCGGGGGAAGAUCAUGUUCCAUUGGACGUUUUCCUUCGCCUGGUGGGGCUUCGUGUUUCCAACAGCGGCGGUCGCCGUCAGUUUCAUGUUGUAUGCGGACGCUAUGCCGGACACGUGGCAACGAUGGGUCGUGCGCGCGCUGGCGCUCUUCUUUUGGGCGACGUCAGUUGCGGCGUUUCUGGUUAGCUCGUGCGUGAGCCUUGGGAAACUCUGCAUAGGGACUUUGUUCCCGGACGAUGAGGUUACUGAGUCGCUUCUAGAGGAGGAACAAUGA